GCCAUUUUGUGGCGGCUGAGGCAGGCGAGGAGGCGCGCUGUGGUGGUGGCUGCUGCUGCUCUUCUCUCUCUCUCUCGUUCUCCCCCCCCCGCCCGUCCCGUUAUUAUCAUUAUUCCUCGUCGCCUUCGUCUCUCUCUCCCUUUUAUUAUUAUUUUUUAUCCUCCUUUUCCUUCCUCCUCGCGCUCAUUCCUUUUUUUUUUCCCCUCACACCCCCCCCCCACCGGUCUCGGGCCUCCUCCGCCUCGGGCCUCCUCUUUCCCGCCGCAGCCGCCCCCGCCCACCGCAGCCAUUGCCGACCUGGCCAUGUCGGGAGGCGGCGUGAUCCGCGGCCCCGCCGGGAACAACGACUGCCGCAUCUACGUGGGCAACCUGCCGCCGGACAUCCGCACCAAGGACAUCGAGGACGUCUUCUACAAGUACGGCGCCAUCCGGGACAUCGACCUCAAGAACCGGCGCGGGGGGCCGCCCUUCGCCUUCGUCGAGUUCGAGGACCCCCGGGAUGCCGAGGAUGCCGUGUAUGGACGAGAUGGAUACGAUUACGAUGGGUACCGCCUGCGAGUGGAGUUCCCCCGCAGUGGCCGGGGCACUGGCAGGGGCGGAGGCGGUGGAGGUGGUGGUGGGGCCCCACGGGGCAGAUACGGACCCCCAUCCAGGCGUUCUGAGUACAGAGUGAUAGUCUCAGGGCUGCCUCCCAGUGGAAGCUGGCAGGAUUUAAAGGAUCACAUGCGUGAAGCAGGUGAUGUAUGUUAUGCUGAUGUUUUCCGAGAUGGAACUGGUGUCGUGGAGUUUGUACGGAAAGAAGAUAUGACCUACGCAGUGCGAAAACUGGAUAACACUAAGUUUAGAUCUCAUGAGGGAGAAACGGCCUACAUCCGUGUUAAAGUUGAUGGCCCAAGAAGUCCGAGUUACGGAAGAUCUCGCUCUCGGAGCCGUAGUCGUAGCAGGAGCCGUAGCCGCAGCAACAGCAGAAGUCGCAGUUAUUCCCCGAGAAGAAGCAGAGGAUCUCCACGCUACUCUCCCCGCCACAGCAGAUCACGUUCCCGCACAUAAAUGGUCUUUCAUAGUGCUCUUUUUGUAGAACCCCCCAUGUUGUAUUCAGUUUUCCUUUACUCAGUACAGUCUUUCUUUUUUAAAGAAAACAAUUCAAGCUGUUUUACUCAAAAUUGGCUAUAUCUAAGUGUUGAAUUGCAUUCUUGUAUAAUAUCCCUAGUGAGUAUUUGCUCCUUGCCAUCCACAUUCCCUCACGUCUUUGAUAGAUUGUAUUUUAACUGAUGUCCUAGGCCAGGUUCUCUCCACUGCUAGUCUGCCACCCGCAUUCUUCCAGCCGUGGUGUUGCUCUGUCCGAUGUCUGUGUGUUCAGCUCUGGUUCCUGCAAGCUGGGGGUGUUGGGGGUGUUUGGGGUUAACUUGUCUCUCCUGGGGGAGCUUACGUUUUAUCUUGCCUUUUCGUGUGUCUUUCUGUAGACAUAUCUGAAGAGAUGGAUUAAAGGAUUGUGGCGCACAUGUCAAUCAUUUUAGGAUUGUCAAAAGGAGGAUUGAGGAGGAUCAGAUCAAUAAUGGAGGCCAUGGUAUGACUCCAAGUGCUAUUGUCACAGAUGAAAUUGGCAGUAUUGACCUUAUACUGAGACGAGCUGAAAGACACACGGUGCUCGCCUGUGGGUGGCUUUAGUCUCCUAACCACCUUGAGGGCAGCUUGUGGCAAGAGAGAUGUUCCUGUGUAGCUCUUCCAGUCCCUGGGUGGGGGGGGGGGGGGGAUGGGGGGUAUCCUGUCUGCAAUGCAUCCUCCCUCGGUGCCCUUGAGUGCCCUUGUGAAAUGCAGGUCUCUCCCCCACCUGUGGGUAUAAUCUCAAUACUGCUCAAAUCUGCAUGUCCUCUGUGUGACUGAUAGAGCAUUGCUGUUUCACCGUCUUUAAAAGUAAUAGAAUGAAAGCAAACCCGUGGGGGUGGGGAGCCUUGUUGGGGAUGCCUUUUUAAGUCUGCCCCCUUCAGGAACAGCCUCUCGACUCCCUGGCGAGGUUGAUACUCCAGUUGACUGUUUACCUUCCAGGCUGGAGUAGAACGGGCCUUUAGUUUAGACGUGCCGUAGGUGGCGAGUCUUAGCAGCCAAGUUCUUGCAACUUCAUAAAACCUUUUUUUUUGCAACCACAAAACCUGUAAUGUGCCAGAGAGUAAGAAAGAUUGUCAGUUACCCUGUGUAAAUACUAGAAUGUUGCCUCCCAGUGAUUAACAUUGCUAGAAAUCUGAGCUUCACCAUUCAAAAGCUUGUCUUGGGGAAUUGAUAGUUAUCGAUGCCCGCCUUGAUUAUUCGGGGGCAGACAUAACUGAUCAUUCCCCAGAAUCCUUAAUUUUUCAUUACGGUAUCUAACUUUUUGCCUCCUCUUUUUUGGUUUUGCUGGUUAUAAAGGUUUGGAUUGGAGAGGGCUCACUGGAUCCCAAUCCUUGGAGCAUGGAUCAUUGGAUUCAAAUCAUAAUGUGGAUAGGAUAGGGAGGAUCAAUUGCAAGGAUUCAUGGAGCGGGAUCAAAUUACCAGGAACAUAGGCGUGGAUUCCUGCCCCAACCAAACCGCACUCGUGUGGAGUUUUAUUCAACUCAAUUGGCUAUUCCAAAGAAUUUUUGUUCCUAUUUUUGACGAUUGGAGCCCUUAAGAUGCCCGAUGGAGUUUACAUUUUUUGGUAAAAGGAGCAAAGCGAGGACCUGGAGAGGUACGCUGGAGCAUUCUCCUUGGAAGGAUUCAGCACGAGUAGAUGGUAAAUGUUAAAGGGGAAAAAGGGGGGGUUUGUUUAAAAAAAAAAAAAAAAACACCGUUCAACCAAUAAGUCGUUUCUCUAAAUUUAAAGACACAGAAAUUGGAGGCUAAGAUUAAGUAGGCUUUCAAUUGGCGAUUGCCUCUUUUCUUUUGACAAAUAAAGUUUUAUUAAAGAA